GGUAUGAUACCGGAACAACUUUGAAUCGCAACCUUUCUUCGAUCUGCUCUACUCGCUCUCCUUUCUUUCUUCGAUCCCCUCACAUCCAUUAGACAUUCCAAUGAAUCGCGACUGAGGCUCACAAUCCAACCCGACCUCCCCACCACCCAUCACCAACAUUUUCCCGAUCAACGGCGGCGACGAUGGAGCCGGACGUGAGCAUCGAGAGCGGAUGUAUGAUCAGAAUAGCGGUGCUGCCGAUCGGACCGGUUCCACAAGCGCAGCUGAGGGACUACCUGUCGAUGCUGGUGCGCCACCGCAAGGUCGAGCUUUCUGCCAUCAGCUCCUUCUACACAGAGCACCAGAAGAGUCCAUUCGCCCACCAGCCAUGGGACACAGGCAGCCUCCGCUUCAAGUUCAUGGUCGGUGGGUCCCCUCCUAGUCCCUGGGCAGAUUUCCAGUCCAAUCGUAAAAUCCACGCCGUCAUUGGCCUCUGCCAUUGUCCGUCUUCACCUGAUCUCGAUGUCGUCGCCGCUCAGUUCUCCAUCGCCUGCAAGAGUUACACUUCGGCUCUCGUCAAGCGCUGCUUUGCAUUUUCCCCCGGCGAUGCUCAGCUGGAAGAUGGUGGUAAAAGGGGAGACAACUUAAUAUUGUUUCCUCCUGCGGAUCUGCAAACUCUAGAAUUUCACUUGCAAACGAUGGUGCAAGACAUUGCUGCUUCAUUACUGAUGGAAUUCGAAAAAUGGGUUCUUCGUGCAGAAUCUACUGGAACUAUUCUGAAGACACCAUUAGAUUCUCAAGCCAGUCUUAGCUCAGAGGAGGUUAUCAAGGCCAAAAAACGGAGGCUUGGCCGUGCACAAAAGACAAUAGGAGAUUAUUGCUUGCUUGCAGGAUCACCUGUUGAUGCCAAUGCCCAUUACUCUACAGCAAUAGAACUUGCGAGGUUAACAGGGGAUUAUUUCUGGUAUGCUGGGGCAUUGGAGGGUAGUGUAUGCGCCUUGCUGAUAGAUCGGAUCAGCCAAAAGGAUCCAGUUCUGGAGGAUGAGGUGAAGUGUCGUUACAAUAAUGUGAUUGCUCAUUACAGAAAGUCUAUUCAAGAAAAUGCUCAAAGAGUCUCACCACUAAGCUUUGAGCUUGAAGCUAUCUUAAAGUUAGCAAGAUUUCUUUGCGGGCUAGAGCUUAUCAAGGAGGUAGUGGAAUUGUUAUCAGUUGCUGUAGAUGGUGCCAAAUCUUUGACUGAUGCUAGUGACCGGCUGAUAUUAUAUGUUGAAAUUGCUCGUUUGUUUGGGACCCUUGGUUACCAGCGGAAAGCUGCCUUUUUUUCGAGGCUGGUUGCUCAGUUAUAUUUGCAACAAGAGAAUAACUUGGCUGCUAUCAGUGCAAUGCAAGUUUUGGCAAUGACCACAAAGGCAUACCGUAUUCAAAGUAGAGCAACCAACUCAAAGUUGCUUUCUUUUCCCAAUGAAACUGGACCAAAUCAUACAGAUACUGGAAAAAUGCAGUCUCAUUCAGCUGUUUCAUCAUUUGAAUCGCAGUGGAGCACCCUGCAGAUGGUUGUACUGAGAGAAAUACUUCAAUCUUCUAUUCGUGCCGGAGAUCCUCUUGCUGCAUGGAGUGCAGCAGCUCGUCUACUUAGAUCAUAUUACCCUCUGAUCACUCCUGCUGGCCAAAGUGGACUUGCAAGCGCACUUGUGAAUUCAGCAGAGAGACUUCCUUCAGGAACUCGCUGCGCUGAUCCUGCCCUACCUUUCAUAAGGUUGCAUUCCUUUCCUGUUCAUCCCUCACAAAUGGACAUUGUAAAACGCAACCGAGGAAGAGAAGAAUGGUGGGUAGGCUCUGCACCUUCAGGACCUUUUAUUUACACUCCUUUCAGUAAAGGAGAGCCAAAUGAUAGAGGUAAACAGGAGUUGAUAUGGGUUGUUGGAGAACCCAUUGAAGUUCUAGUGGAAUUGGCGAAUCCCUGUGGCUUCAACUUAAUGGUUGACAGUAUUUAUCUUUCAGUCCAGUCUGGAAAUUUUGAUGCUUUUCCCAUAAGUGUCAGUCUUCGACCUAAUUCAGCGAAAAUUAUCAGUUUAUCAGGGAUUCCAACUGCAGUGGGUCCACUGACAAUCCCUGGAUGUAUUGUUCAUUGUUUUGGUGUUAUUACUCAGCACCUUUUCAAAGAUGUUGAUAAUUUACUCCUUGGUGCAGCACAAGGACUUGUGCUUUCUGAUCCUUUCCGUUGCUGUGGAUCUGCCAAGUUGAAAAAUGUAUCUGUUCCAAAUAUUUCUGUGGUACCCCCUCUACCUUUGCUGGUGUCACAUGUUGUGGGAGGUGAUGGUGCUGCCAUCUUGUAUGAAGGUGAAAUUCGUGAUGUAUGGAUUAGUCUUGCAAAUGCAGGAUCUGUGCCAGUUGAGCAAGCACAUAUUUCACUGUCAGGAAAAAACCAAGAUUCUGUUAUUUCAAUUUCAUAUGAGACAUUGAGAUCAGCCCUUCCUCUGAAGCCUGGUGCAGAAGUUAUACUCCCAGUGACUUUAAGAGCCUGGCAACUUGGUUUGGUGGAUCUUGAUAAUUAUGCUGGCAAGAGCAUUUCUGGAAGUGCAGGAAAGGUAUCGAAAGAUGGAAACAGUCCCAUGAUGGUUAUUCACUAUGCAGGGCCGUUGGAGUAUCCUGGCCAAACCUCAACAAGUGACUCUGUUAUGCCUCCAGGCAGAAGGUUGGUUGUUCCACUGCAUAUUUGUGUUCAGCAGGGAUUGUCAUUUGUGAAGGCUCGUCUGCUUUCAAUGGAAAUUCCUGCGCAUAUUAGUGAAAAUAUGCCAAAACCAGUUUAUCUUGAGGAUAAUUCUACAGAUGAAAUUACCAUUACAAAAAGUAAGACCGAUAGCUUGGUAAAAAUUGAUCCAUACAGAGGGAGUUGGGGUCUUCGGCUUCUUGAACUUGAGCUAUCUAAUCCAACUGAUGUUGUAUUUGAGAUCAGUGUUUCUGUCAAGCUGGAAAGUACAAAUGAUGAGGAUAAAUCAACCUUUGUCGAUCGUGAUGCUGCUGACUUUGGAUAUCCAAAAACUAGAAUUGAUAGGGACUGCUCUGCAAGGGUACUGAUACCACUGGAACAUUUUAAGUUACCUAUUCUUGAUGGAUCCUUUUUUGCAAAGGAUUAUCAAGCAAAUGGGCCUCUCAGUAGCAGAAGUUCAAGUUCCACAGAUAAGAACACCAAGGCUGAGUUGAAUAAUUCUAUAAAGAGCUUGGUUUCUAGAAUAAAGGUGAGGUGGCAAUCUGGACGGAACAGCUCUGGGGAGUUGAAUAUUAAAGAUGCAGUACAAGGAGCUCUUCAAACAUCGGUUAUGGACAUCCUACUGCCAGAUCCAUUAACCUUUGGGUUCAGGCUUGCUAGAAAUGGUAAUGGAUCUGUUGCAAAGAUUGAUUCACCCAAAGAAUCUGACAUUCGAAUUAGUUCUUCAGGGGAAAAAGGUUCUGUACCAGCACAUGAAAUGACUCCUUUGGAAGUUCUUGUUCGCAAUAACACAAAAGAAAUCAUCAGGAUGAGUCUCAGUAUUACUUGCAGAGAUGUGGCAGGGGAAAGCUGCAUCGAGGGUAAUAAAGCUACUGUCCUAUGGGCUGGUGUUUUGAGUGAAAUAUGCGUGGAGGUUCCCCCACUUCAAGAAAUUAGCCAUUCCUUUUCUCUGUAUUUCCUUGUCCCUGGUGAGUACACCCUUGUAGCUGCUGCUGUUAUUGCUGAUGCCAAUGACAUCCUUAGGGCUCGUGCAAAAACUGAUUCACCUGAUGAGCCGAUCUUCUGUCGUGGGUCACCUUUCCAUAUCCGUGUUGUUGGGAGCACAUGAUUGGUUUUUCCAUUUGACAUUAUCAUUGGCCAAGCUGAUUUUGUAUCAGAGGCAGUUUUCCAAAGAUUGAUGCUAGAUCACAAGAAACUCAGGACCAAGCCAUGAUGCCAAUAGCAUGCCUCUACCUUUCCAAUAUCUUCAACUUUGCCAUGAUUUUUGGGUCAUGGAUAAAGAACUCAAGGUUUUCCCUGCCCGCCGUUUGUGUAUAACAGUCGUUCAAUUUGACUGUGUUUUCUGUCCAAAUUCAUGAAAAUAAAGAGAGAGAAUGUGUAGGUAUUUACUGAUAAUGCAAAGAUGGUUGAUAAGAAGAGUUCUGCAACUCAGUAAGCUUAUAGAUGCGUUUGCUUCCUUUUUUGGUAUUCAAUUUCA